UCGGGGUGGGGACGGGACGGGACGGCUCGCUACUGCACCCACCGAGAGUCCCGGCUGAUCUUUACCUCAGAGAGAGAGAGCGGGCGCGAAGAUGGCGAGGUGGCUGAGGGAGUACUUCAAUCUGGGCAGCUACAAGGCGAAGGCUCCGGCCAAGGCGGAGGCGGCCGGCAGCACCAGCAAGAAGAAGAAGAAGAAGCCCCGUGGCGAGUCGGGGUCGUGCCGGGAAAGUGACCUGAUGCGGGCCUACCGGCUGCAGAAGGAGCGGGACUUCGAGGACCCGUACAGCAGCGGGCCCGGCUCGUCGCUGCGCCGCCUCAAGGCCAUGUGGCCGGGCCCGGAGGACGAGGUGGGGGAGGAGGGGGGCGGUCAGGGCCCGGCGGCCGGCGGAUCCCCGCUGCUGCAGCGCAGCCAGAGCGAGAGGGCAGCCUCCUCCUCGCCCCGGGCCAAGUACAUCAUCCCGCCCCAGCAGCGGCUCAUCAAGGUGCACGGGACGGCGGCGACCGAGCCGCCCGUUGGCAACGGGAAAAGCCCGGCAACCGGGUCGCGGAAGACGCCGCAAUCCGACGACAAGGUUGCUAUUAGGGAUGACUAUUCUGACCCAUUUGAUGCCAAAAAUGAAUUGAAGAAUAAAGUUUUCAAAAAGCGAGAAAUAGAAAAUAAUGGAUACAUGGAACCUUAUGAGGCACAAAAGAUGAUGGCAGAGAUUCACAAGCAAGAGAGUCAGAAGAAAGGAAUUCAGUUAUAUGACACACCCUAUGAACCCGAAGAGAAUGGAGCUUCAGACACAGAAAGUGUUGAUAGUUACCUAAGAGAAAGCAGGUUGCCACAAGAUGACGCCAGGCCUGCAGAGGAAUAUGACCAACCGUGGGAAUGGAAUAAGAUUACAGUCCCACCCUUUUCAGUUCAGUUCAAUGGCAUUGAGAAGAGACAGUCCUCUCCCUUAUGUGACAGACGCAGGCAGCUGAGACCCCCAGAUCUAAUCAAACAUGGAGGUCCGGAGUUCAGUGGUAUUGUAGGAGAGAGAAUAGACCCAAACACUCCAUUGGAGAAGCAAGUGUGGUAUCAUGGAGCCAUUAGCCGAACAGAUGCAGAAAAGCUUUUACAAUUAUGUAAAGAGUGUAGCUAUCUCAUCCGAAAUAGUCAAAGCAGCAAAAAUGAUUACUCACUUUCACUGAAGAGCAGCCAAGGUUUCAUGCACAUGAAGCUUACCAGAACCAAAGAUAAAUACAUCUUGGGACAGAACAGUCUUCCAUUUGAUAGCAUUCCUGAGGUCAUACACUACUAUACAACAAGAAAGUUACCCAUUAAAGGAGCAGAACACUUGUCCCUCCUCUACCCUGUAACUGUGCGAACACUAUAAUUCUUUGCCCUCGUUUAGUUCCUUCCUAUGGAUAGGAGAUUACCCAAUUACUUUAAACUGCAUAGAUGGCUCAAUUCAGAUGUAACUGGAGACCCUGUUGUUCCUGAGUGAAUACAAUAACAUAUAUUUUGUGGUACUACCGAGCUGUUGCAUGAAUAUGAUUUUGUUCAAAAACCGAUCUAAUAUAAUUCAAAAUUGUUAUUGCUAUUUUGUUAAUCCACUGAAAUAUUUAAAUACUUCCCUGUAAAUGUCAAAAUUUAGUAUGCUGAUAUAAUAUGAUGCAUAUAGUUCAUUUUACUCCCUAGUCUGCUGCAGAGAGACCUGACUUUGGUGAUUAUUUAUAUGUAAAUACUGUGUCCUAAUAUAUAUAUAUAAAUAUAUAUAAAUUUAUUUUUAUCUUUUUGGCACAGUGUAUUGAUGCCUUUGAAAUGUUACUUAAUGCAUUUUAAUGUUAGAUUUAAAAAAGUUUAAAUUUGUAUGAGAAUGAUAUUUUCAUUAGAAUUUAUGAUGGAUUACAAAAGAAAGCAAAAUACAAUCAUAAUUGGGUAGAGACUUGCAUUUAUUUUGCAUCUUAUGAGCUAGAUGUACCAACAUGCUUUGAACUCGAUGCGUUAUUUCCAGAGCACAGCCAUUCAUAUUGUAAGCAAACAUGACAGCUAAUUUGUUCACAGCAGGCUCUCAUAAACAAUAGCCAGGCUCAAGAACCAGAUACUUUUUGGUGAUGAUGUUUCAUGAAUGUCAGCCAAGGCAUAUUUGAAUAAAGCCUUUAGAACUUUUACAUCCACCUCAGAUAAGUGUGUCUCAUUCCAAACUCAAAGCCGAUAGCAACGGAGUAAUCCUUCACUCCUGUAGACCCUAGGUCAUGUUUAUCUCGCCAUGUAAACUCAUCUAAUGUUUUAUGCACUUGCUAAACUACAAUGUGUGGAUUGUCCUUGCACCCCUAGGCCCCCCCCCCCCCCCCAGCCAUUUUGUGAAGAUAAACGUACAGAUCAUCUGCCUUUAAACACAGGUCUACAUUUUUAUUCUCGAAGAGUUCCAACUCUUCUCUAUCCUCUUGCUCAUUAUGCACAUUUUAUAUAAGCCAUCCUAGAGUUUUCCCUGAUUUUAUUUUUCAGUGCUUUUUCAGGCCCUCUUUUUGUUUCUCUUAUUUUCUUUCUUUCACCUCUUGUGCUUUCUGUAUAGUAUUGAGUAUUAUCCAACAUAAGUUUCUCUUUUUCUGCCUGAGCCUACCAUUGUUCCUAAAUAUCAGUGGACACCACUGUUUAAUUUAAAUUGAAACCAGGAUGUGCUAAGAUUUGUGCACCAUCUGGACCUCAUUGUCUAUCAGCUGAUCACCCACUCCCCCUUUGCCUGUUUAUUCUUUAAGCUUUAGAGUGGCAAUCUGAACCAUGAUCUGAGCUUGCAUAUGAGCUCCACCACUGAUGUAUAUGUUAUUGUUUACAAAUAGCCUUCUGAAAUUUCAUGGGAUUUGAGCUGUGCAGUCAUUCAGACUGAGAUACCUUGUCAUAUCUCAAUUAGACUACCGGCUAAAGUUACCAGAAAUAAACUUUAUGUCCUUGAUCUAGAUAAAAUACAAGUAAUCAUUUGCCAGCUACUCAUCAAACAACACUUAUUCUUGUGUUAACAUCACAUUUAAUGUUUUUAUAUCUCCUUCUCUAACACUCAUGCUCCCUUACCCAUUAGACCCUGUAAUUAGCAGAAUAGGUAAUAUUAACAUUUUCCAGAAUGUGACUGCUUUUUGGAAAUUUAAGUAAAGGUAAAUUUUAGUAAAAUCACACAAUCAUCCAAUUUGAGGCAAGGAAAUUUAAAGUCACUAAUCUGAAAUCUAAGGUUUUUUUUUCCAAUUGUCAAAUUCAGGCCAGUGAAUCAAGUUGAGAUUAAAAGUUUUGAAUAUUACCAUUCUCCCUUUAAGGGAAUAAGUAGUGAUGUAAUGAUCAGAAUUUAGAUUAUCAAUAAAUAAAAGUAAGAAAUUGUCAAUAAAAAUUGAGAGUAAGAAGAAACAUAGCUGUGAACAUAACCCGCAGUAUCUGUUUUGAUUUUUGUUAAAAUUAUCACACUAAAACUAAAUUAUCUUAAGUGAGUAAACCAUAAUCAUUGUCCUGGUGCAGCAUGUAUGUUGGAUUAACAAAAAAAUACUGCUGCCAUCAAGUAUUCGACUUAUUUCCUUUACAGACUGAUAAUACAUAGAGCUGUUGUUAAGAGAUAAUCCAUGAUUCAAAAAUCAUUCAAAUAUUGGAAAUCUAAUUCAGAUUUAUGUCAAAACUUAUAAAUUCAUUAUAUCUUAAACAUGUUGCUUCAUAUUUUCCUUGGGCCCACUGCCCACUGUCACAGCCUGUGUCUUGCUGACCAGUACGAUUCUGGAGCCAGGAGGCAUGCCCCAGAGUGAUAAUAGGAUGUUGAAUGAUAUAAUUGCCUGAUGCUGGGAACCAGAACAUGCCCCAUCCACAAACUCCUGUGGAAAAACUGCAACAAAAAACUGUCAAAGCUCUGUUCCCAACAUCUCUUAAAUAGUCAAGAUUUUUCAAAGCUCCUAAAUGUUUCUGACAUUAAAAAUUCUGAAUGAUGCUUCUAAAUCAUUAAAAAAACGUACAAAAAUAACUUUAAAAGUUCUAUUUACCUUAUUUUCACCUUUCCUACAUGGAAUUGUUAAUGUGAAAGCUUAACUUUCCUGCUCAUCUGUAUUAUGGGUGCUUGGAAUCUUGCUAGCACCUGUUGGAGAAAUACUGUCACUCCUGGCAAGACCCAGCUAAAUCUAAGCCUUUGUGUCUGUUUGCACUUCCUGACAACUUUUACUAUUGUAACUUCCUCUGGCUACAUUUUUAUAAUGGAAACUAAUGCCAGAUUGAUAGUAUGACAGAUUUACAUUAAAUGUCUUGCAAUUAUAUAGCACUGUUCAUCAUAUUAAAGCUCAGGACCUCCCAAACACACCCAAACAUCUAGUGUUGUAACUAAGGUAAUCUAAAAUAGUAAGGUGCUAAUUUGUACUCUUAACACUGUAGUUUCAUAUGCAAAAUUUUCAGAGGUAUGACUAUAUAAAAGAAAAUUGAAUAAUCUUGCAUUACUAUUGCCAAAUAUUUUUAAUUAUCAGACAAAAAUAAUCUUAUUAUGUUUUACAAGUUGGCUACUUUUGUAUCAAGAUUAUGCAAAAUUCAUUACAAUUUAAAUGAAGUAGUUGAAUUUCAUGAAAAUUCUCUUCGCUAAUAUUGGUUCAUCCUUGCAUAAUGUUGAAUCAGACUCCCAUUAACCUAUUAGAAGUGAUGCCAGGUUGUUAUAAAGAAACAAUUUUUAUUUUAGUGAAGUGAUCUGUGGACAAAUUAUGCUGUGAUAAAAAUGUUCUGCUGAUUAUGAAGAGUUGGGAUGUUUCCGUAGGGAUGAAUAGGAGAUGGAUGGGGUUUAUGUAAGUCAGUGUCCAGAGACCUUGGACACUUAUUCAGUUUUCACGGAAAUGAUCUGUUGUUUGAAAAGAAUUGGAAGUGGUUGUGUGGUGAUGAAUUGGCCAAAAUAACUGUGGAAAACAUUAACUUAGAAGACAUUAACUUUCAUGCAAACAAAAAGAACGCUUGAAUCUCUGCCUGGUGAAUGAAAAAACUGUUGAUGUACCAUCUCCAGUACACUCAAUUUCCUAUCCUUCUUCCCAAUCUGUUCGAUGUUUGAGUUUGUUUUAAGGAGAGAACAAUGCUGGUGUAGAGACACUAGGUAACUUUAAAUCAUUUGCAUAAUUCUCCAUUAUGGCAAAUUUGAAAACAAAAGUAUUGUCAGACUGCAUUACAAUUUUUAUUCAGAGUACGUUUGUUUUUAUUACUGUGAAAAUUGUGCUUGUUUAUGUUCAUUAAAAUAAAACAACCAU